GUUCGGUGUCAGUGUCUCCUUGAAGGAUUUCUCCGGUCACGUGACAGGUCCAACAUGGCGGACACAGCCAGUCAGUUGCUGCUGGGCUCCGGCAUGACCGUGCUGUCCCACCCGCUGUUGUAUGUCAAGAUGCUGGUGCAGGUGGGACAUGAGCCGCUGCCUCCUACUUUGGGGAGAAAUAUGUUUGGACGUCAGGUGUACCAGCUCCCAGGCCUCUUUGCAUAUGCAAGACACAUAGUUAGUAUUGAUGGUAAGACCGGGCUUUUCAAGGGCUUAGCUCCCAGACUGUGUGCAGGAGCUUUUGGGACUUUAGUACACAGUAAAGUCUUGCAGCUCUACAAGGGGAAUGAGGAUACAGAGGAGCCCAUUUGUGAAAACAAAGAAACCUCAACCUCGCUUGACCGUGUUAUCAAAGAGACCACUCACGAGAUGAUCGCUCGUUCUGCUGCUAACCUAAUUACACAUCCCUUUCAUGUGAUCACUCUACGGUGCAUGGUCCAGUUCAUUGGGAGGGAAACCAAAUAUAAUAGCGUGUUUGGAUCCAUCAUAACGAUCUACAAAGAGGAAGGCAUCCUUGGCUUCUUUGUGGGCCUUAUUCCAAGGCUUUUAGGUGACAUUAUAUCUCUGUGGAUCUGUAAUACCGUGGCCUAUUUUAUCAACACAUAUGCACUUGAAAAUGGGGGAGUUGGGGAAAUGAAAGGCUACUCUCAGGCUAUUACUGGGUUUGUUGCUGGUAUGGUGACCUAUCCAUUUGUGCUGGUCUCUAAUCUCAUGGCUGUGAAUAACUGUGGGUUAGCCGGGGGCUACCUUCCUUAUGCACCUGCGUACACCUCUUGGAUAGACUGCUGGAGACAGCUAAACAGAGAGGGUAACUUGAAUAGAGGAAACAGCCUAUUCUUCCGCAAGGUGCCUGCAGGAAAGAGCUACGUAUAUGAACAGAAGAGAUUUUAUUAAAUUGAGCAUCAGGAAUUCAGUCUUCACCCUUGGCCGUUUACAUUAUGGGAGCAAGGAAGAGUGUUAAUUUGUACACAUUUUGUUUACUAUAAUGUAUGAUUUAUUGAUUUUUUUUUUUUUUUUAAUAAUCAUUCAUUCUUGAAAACAGAACGCAUCAAAUCAUUUUUAAAACCUUAAGCGCAUUUAAUAUAUUAAAACCACAGUAACGUUUUUCUUAAUCUGCUGACCUUCAGCAAACUGUAUAAUUAUUUCUGAUUGAGCAGCUAAAUAUAUUUUUUAAGAAUCUGUAGUAUCAGUCAGUAUGUCUUGAUAUCCUCUGUUGGGGACUGAACAAGUUCCUUAUUCUUUAAUAUUCAGCUGAGGUAUCCGUCUAUGAUGAAAGUGUAUUGGUAUAUGCAACAAAAAAAAAUUAUUAAAUGAAGACAAAUUAUUUUCCAGAUUAAACACAGUGGCAGACGCCAUCAGUGUUAAAUAAUCUGUACAACUUGGAGCGACAAUAAAAACACCUUGUUUUUAUCUAAAAUUGUACUUUAUCCCUUACUCCCUAGAUGGGCCAGAAAGCAAAAUGCUGCAAAUUGCCAAAAACAGCUAUUUUAUUUGCAGAAUUAGCUUUUUUGGUCUCCAUAGGGAUUGUGGGACAAGCAACAUUUUACACAAAAACAAGGUGUUUAGUGUUCAUUCGAUAUAUUGCUUUUCCACUUAAUCCAAUUGUAUUGUAUUCUAGAAGCUAAUUGUCAGUGUAUGCCUUCUAAACAGGUUUACCAUAGCCACGUCUUGCUGAUAUCCUUGGUAGGUAUAUAAGGGCUAAUCAUUGGCUCUCAUGUUGAUUGAGUCUCAAGCAUUCCAGAGGGUAACCUAAAUUAUGGAAAUGUUGUGAUACACAGCUAAAGAACAAUUCUACAUUGUAAGAUCAUUUUCUAUUUUAAGUAUAUCACAAGUUGAUCAAAGUGUAACAGGUCUGUUUGCUGGUGUGAUUGUCCCACCUGUGUUCUAAAACACAUACAAUACAAGUGUUUUCUAUCAUUCAUUCAAAUGGUAUGUUAACAAGAAAAAAAACAUAUGGGGGUAAAUGUGAAAACACACACGUAAUCUCCAUGUCAACGCAUCUCUUGGAAGUCAAAUUUCACAUGUAAAGGCCAAUUUUGGGUUUUGUGUAAAUGAUCACAACAUGCAUAGACAACCAUUUGGGCUUUGAGAUAUAUUUGUUAUGCCAAAGCCUCCUUUUCUUUGUGCAGCCUGUGAUUGGUUGCACUAAUGCAUACGUUCCAGUGAUCAGAAAAUACUUUUAAAAAUGCAGUUUUUGGCUAACCGUUCCUACAGUUCCUUUUUUAAAAAAAAAAAUCUAUACAAUCUUUUGUCUAAAUUCAUUUUUAAAUAUAUUAAAGAUGGGGUUUCCUUUUUAUGCAGUUUUUUUUUUCUUUUUACCAUCUGUCCAACAGAUUGCAUGAAACCCCUAAGCUGUAACUGAUAUGUAUUUACCAGUACGUGGGUUUUAGAAUUGACAAACUGUUAAACUGCAGCUUAAUCGUACAUACAAAACUGGUGCUGUUUAUGGGCAAAAUAAAAUACUAAUUAUAGUUCUCUACAGCUCUUGCUAUGUUACAGCCUUGAUUUAGUUUGUGGGGUCCUUUAUGACACAUGCUCAUUAACCUCUUGGUUGCCAGAAGACUAUGAAGACCUGUUGGACAGCUAAUUGUUGCAGUGCUGUUUGUAGCCAGGAUGGUUAAUAUAAUUUGACUGUGAUCUUUAUUCAUGGUGUUAGAGCAUUUAUAUAUAAAUAAAAUGCAACACAGAUUAUUCUCUAAUUUUGAUAUUUUGUUUUAAACAACUGUGCCUGUCUUCUUCCAUAUUAAAGCAGUGCAGGGGCUGUUUUGUUCUGUUCCACUCCCUGUUCUGAAUAUGAGGUGUGACUGUUGGAACAAAGCUGUGAUAUCUCAUCUGUAAUUACAAUUAAAGCACUGUUACAGAAAACUGUUUUCUAUCUUUAGCCUGGAAUAGAAAAACUGUAUUGGCCAUUGUAUUAGAAGAAAGCAUUAAUUAUUUUUGCAAAAAAAAAUAGCAAAAGAGAUCUAUCAGGAACAUAAAAUACCUUUCAAUUACAUUCUUCUGUAGGCUACCAAAAGAUAAAAGGGAUACGAAACCCAACAAUUUCCUUUUAGUUAAUCAGAAUGUGCAAUUUUAUAAAACUUUUCAAUUAACUUUAUAAAACUUUUCAAUUAUCAAA